AUGUCGCCCAUUUGUACUGUAUCCCAAGGAUAUCAAGGAAUACAGGUUCAAGUAACUGUAGGCAAGUCGCUUGCUGCAGAUGAUACAAACACCACCUGGCAAUCGCCAUCAGGUGUUUUUGCCUUUGGUUUUGACCCCAUUACUAGUAAAAAAGAUCGGUUUCUUCUUGCAAUCUGGUAUGCUAAUAUACCAGAAAUAACUAUAGUCUGGUAUGCUAAUAGAGAUAACCCCGAAACAGAUAGAGGAUCGACGGUGGAGCUCACCGAGACCGGUUUUCUUGUUCUUAACGACUCUAAAGGAAAAGAGUUGUGGAGGUCUGAGAGGGCUACUGAUGAUUUUCAAUUGUCCCAUGCAGCCAUGCUUGACACUGGGAAUUUCGUUAUUGUCAGCAAAAACUCAACCAACAUAUGGGAGAGCUUCAACCAUCCAACUCAUACCAUCUUACCGUCUCAAGAAUUGGGUGUUGAUGGCAGUCUUGUAUCAGCCCAAACAAAUUAUGGUAAGGGAAAAUAUCAACUUCGUUUUAAAACUAAUGGAUCUCUUGUGCUCAAUCAAAUAGAUAUGUUCACUGGCAAACCUUACGAAGAAUACUUUAGUUUCCCCUUGGGAAACGGUUCUCGGUUGGCCUUCGACAACGACUCGGGGGAUAUUCUAAUCUGGAAUUCGAAUGGAAGUCUAGUCGACAAUGUGACAAAAGAUGUUGAGCCAAGACCAGGCUUAUACUACUACAGGGAGACACUUGACUUUUAUGGAGUUUUCACUUUGUAUUCUUAUCCAAGGAACCCCAGUGGUGGUGCAAGCUGGUCUGUGUUCAAGGCUUGGCCACCGAACAUAUGUCGUGCGUUUGUCGAUUCAGCGGUUCCACGUGGAAAGAAUAAAUAUGGAAUUGGCCCUUGUGGUUGUAAUAGCAUCUGCGAAUCUAUCGAUGGGAGGCCUAAUUGUACAUGUCUCCCUGGAUUUUCUUUCUUGGAUGACAAUAAUCACUAUGCUGGCUGCAAACAAGAUUAUGCAGGCGACCCUGGAGAUUGCAGCCUUGAUGGAUCCACCAUUGGGGAAGACCGGUUCGAAUUCCAGAAUAUUUCAUUUGUUAAUUUUCCAUUGAGUGACUAUGGAAUAUUUUAUCCUGCAACUGAGUUGGAAUGUCAGCAGUCUUGUCUUCGUGACUGUUUUUGUGCAGUUGCCAUUUAUCCAACUACAAGGAAUAAUGGGAAUGCAACUUGUUUUAAAAAGCAACUACCGCUUUCAAAUGGGUACAGAGAAGCUGGUCUUGAUAGUACAGUUCUAGUUAAGGUACUUAAGUCCGAUGCCUCAAAGAAACAACCGGAUGCCUCAAAGAAAAAACUGGCCACGCGGAAUAAUCAAGCUAUUGUGAUCCUUUCGGUUCUCUUAGGCACCUUUGUAGUUUUAGCUGCAAUUUCUCUAAUCUUCUUCUGCUUAUUCCGAAGAAGACUUCACGACUUAAAUGGUGUUCGUAGUCCUAGCAGAAGAGAUUUAGAGACUAAUCUGCAGUUUUUCACAUACAAAGAUCUCGAGCAUGCCACGAACCAAUUCAAUGAAGAACUUGGAAGAGGAGCUUUUGGCACCGUUUAUAAAGGAGAAUUGCCAUCAAUCUAUGGAAAUCGUGUUGCAGUAAAAAAACUAGACAAGUUUGCUCAAGAUGGUGAAAGGGAAUUCACAACUGAAGUGAAGGUCAUCGGCCAAACUCACCACAAGAACUUGGUGAGGCUAAUUGGCUACUGUGAUGAAGCUGAACAUAGACUUCUGGUCUAUGAGUUCAUGCAAAAUGGCUCAUUGUCAAGCUUCCUUUUCGGAGUUCCAAGGCCUAGUUGGCAACAAAGAUUGCAAAUUGCGUCAAUGAUUGCUAAAGGCCUUGCAUACUUGCAUGAAGAAUGCAGCAAACAAAUCAUCCAUUGUGACAUAAAGCCACAAAAUAUACUAUUAGAUGAGUCCUUCACCGCAAAAAUAUCCGAUUUUGGGUUGGCAAAGCUUCUGAUGAACGACAAAACCCGAACCAAGACCGGCAUACGAGGCACUAAAGACUAUGUAGCACCAGAAUGGUUCCGAAACACCCCGGUUACUGUCAAGGUUGAUGUUUACAGCUUUGUGAUGUUGUUGGAGAUCAUAUGUUGCAGAAGAUGCGUGGAAGUUGAAAUGGAGGAAGCAGCAAUAUUAACAGAUUGGGCUUUCAAGUGUUACAGCGAAGGGAUGAUUGGAAAACUGGUUGAAAAUGAUGAAGAAGCUAGAAAUGAUGUUGAGACAUUGGAGAUGUUAUUAAAAGUGGCUAUUUGGUGUGUGCAAGAAGAGCCAUCGUUAAGGCCUUCCAUGAGGAUUGUUGCAAUGAUGCUUGAAGGUGUUGUCCAAGUUCCUAAUCCACCAUGUCCUUUUCCACUCAAUUCAAUGUCAAUGUCUGUGUCUACGAAAAUGAUCUAG